AUGGCCUACAAGAACCUGAUGCUGCUGUACACCACUAACCCAUCAUUGUGGUGCAAAUUUUUCCCAACUACUCUUACGGGAGUAGCUCUGACGUGGUAUACCUCCCUUUCGGGAGGAAGUAUCCGCAACUUUGCCCAACUAGAAGGCAAAUUUCUGGGUCACUUUGUGGCAUCUAGAAGGCAGGAAAAAUCUAACUUCCACUUUCUUAGCAUAUCGCAAUUGGAAGGGGAAUCUAUAUCAUCAUACUUGAAAAAGUUACACGAGGCGGUAUUGGAAGUAACCGAUUUGGAAGAGUCAGUUGCAUUAAACGCCCUGAUCAAUGGAAUGAAGGCUCAAAGGCUGAAGUUCCAGUUGGUCGAGAGUCAAGUAAAGACAUACGCGGAAGCCAUGAAGCAAUGUAAAAGCUAUGUCACGGCCUCCGAGAUAUGUCAGGCACAUGAUCCUAAGAAACGAAGGUCGAAAAAGAAGAUCUAA